ACCGGGUAACCUGGCUCGGCGAUGCCGGCGGCAGUGAAAGCAGCCCUGGAGGGGAUCAUCGGGGACGCGGCCGAGCCGGACAGGAUCAUCCCCGAGUGGGACCGUCCCGAACGGGAGGGGGGCGUCCCGGCCUGCCUGGCCAAGGUGCCGCGGGACGUGGUGAAGAACUUCCCCCACACCAAGCGCGUGGGGAACUACCUGGUGGGCAAGAUGAUCAACAAGGGCUCCUUCGCCAAAGUGAUGGAGGGACUUCACAUCAGCACGGGGGAGAAGGUGGCCAUCAAGGUGAUCGACAAGAAGAAGGCCCGGCUGGACUCGUACGUGCUGAAGAACAUGAAGCGGGAGCCGCGCGUCCACCAGAUGGUCCGGCACCCCAACGUGGUGCAGCUGCUGGAGACGCUGGAGACGGAGAACUCGUACUACAUGGCGGUGGAGCUGUGCCUGGGCGGGGACCUGAUGGACCGCAUCUGCGACAGGAAGCGCCUGGACGAGCGCGAGGUGCGCCGCUACACCCGCCAGAUCCUGUCCGCCGUGGAGCACCUGCACCGCCACGGCGUCGUGCACAGGGAUCUAAAAAUUGAAAACUUCCUCUUGGAUGAAUAUAACAACAUCAAGAUUGUUGACUUCGGGCUGAGCAACACCCUGAAGGCGGAGUCCCUGGCGCAGGACCUGCUCAGCACGCAGUGCGGAAGCCCCGCCUACGCGGCGCCCGAGCUGCUGGCGCACAAGAAGUACGGCCCCAAGGUGGACGUGUGGUCCGUGGGGGUGAGCAUGUUCGCCAUGCUAACGGGCACUCUACCCUUCACCGUCGAGCCCUUCAACAUCAAACAGCUGCAUCAGAAAAUGGUCAGCGGUGAAAUCAGCAACAUCCCUGUAUCACUACUCCCCCCCCCCCGAUUUUCCACAGCCGCCGUGCAGUUCAUGCUGUCCCUGCUGGAGCCCGACCCGGCCAAGAGGCCCAGCGUGAAGGAGGCCAUGGAGGAGCGAUGGCUGAACGAGGGCUACGCCAAGAAGCCGCUGAAUUCGGUCUUCUACAGAAACAGACUCCAGCCGGAGGAGCUGAACUCGGCCGUGCUGAACUACAUGAGCGAGUCCCUGGGCUACAGCCUCUCUGACGCCGUCCACACCCUGGUCAACAACCGGCCCUCGUCCGUCAUGGCCACCUACUGCCUCCUGCUGAAGAAGCUCGCCCGCAACCAGAAAGGCCUCAAGGCCAUAAAGAAAGUCGGCAGCAGCGAGUGGAAUCUCCCCAGCAAGACGUGGACAGACCGCAAGGAGAAAACACCCCAAAAGGUCCUGCCACAGGAGGCCGCAGCGGAGAAGAGCACGAAGAAGUCCAGCAGGUCGUUGCGAGCCCAGUGUCACGACGACGAGUCCCCAGAUAACAGAAAAAAAGCAGACGAAACCGCGAAGGAGAACCUGACGGCCACCGAGCCCAACGAGAUGUCGCUGCCCUCACCGCCGCGGUCCACAGAAGUCAUUACGGACGACCAGAUCGCCAUCACACUGGAGAACAAAGAGAGCUUCUUUCCGGAAGUGUCCACGUUCGCGGAGCGGGAAAUCGUCCACCUCUCCCCUCCCAAGACCUCCUGCAGGGAGGCCUCCUGCUCCAAGCUCUGCGAGUCGGCCCCCUGUGACGUCCCGGCCAACGGGGACCCCGGCCAACCGCCGAAACCCCACGAGCCACGGCCCGCCCUCUCCGAGAACCGCCCGGCGGACGGGGGCAGCCGUCGCCACGCCGACGACAAGCUGGACAAGCUCCAGGCCUUCUACUCGGACAAGGGCGUCUCUCCCAGAAUGCACCAGGAGAACAGGGCGCACUGCAGGAGCCCCGCGGGCCAGCAGGAGGCCCGCUUCAAGGACAUCCUGAAGGCCAUGGACGAGAAGGCCCCGGCCCUGACCUGGCGGUGCCCGGAGAAGGACGGCCGCCAUUUUGCCACCAUAGACGCCAUGCAGACCACCUCCUCGCCCUUGCCAAGGCUGAGGCACGCGGCGCCCAAGGAGGGCGUGGCCCGGGGGGUGACGUGGAUGGGCGUGACACGGCACAGCACGGGGGGGUCCCCCUUCCUGGUGAACGGGUCCAGGCCGCCGGCGUUCCCCGCCGCCCGGCAGCAGACCCUGGUGAUCAAGAGCCUGCGCCACUCCAAAGAGAGGGGGCGCGUCGCCGGGGGCAACGGCGCGGCCAAGCGCAACUCCGUCCAGCUCAGGGGCUCCCGCCGGGCGGCCGACCUCAACCUGCCGCUCCUGUCCCCCGCCUUCCAGCCCAAAGCCGACCGGAAGCCUGAGCUCUUCCGCAUGGAUUUCGGGUAGAACGGGCGCCAAGGGGCGGGGGCAGAAACCAACGCGGAAUCGCGAGGAGUUUUACAGGAAAGGUUCCUCACGUCUCUUCCACCUACACCCCAUCUUUACGGUAUGUGUGCUAUGGGGGCAGUUGAGAGGUGGCUUUUGGGGGACAGGCUGUUCCACACCAACAAGAGCAGGGGUGGGCAAUCCCGGUCCUGGAGGGCCAGUGUGUGUGUGCAGCAGGUUUUUUGUUUCCACCAACUGCCCUGGCCAAAUGAGCUACUUGGCUGUACAGACCAUUUAACACUGGUUUACUCGCAGAUUGGAUCGCAGCAAAACAUUUCAUAUAGGGACACAAGGAGAGUCACAAGGAGAGCUGUCAUUCAUGCACUUAUUAAGAAAUGUAGCUAAAAAAAAGUCAGAUGGUCGUAAACGUUACGGCUAAUUUAUCAAAUAAGGCCGGAAGUUGGCAUGAACACCAAAAACAGAUACGGUCCUCGUUGCCCACCUCUGAACAAUGAUUACAGACAGCUGGCACUUGACGUCCCAAAAAACAGAUUUUUCACCAAAGCGAUUUUGUAUCUUUGGCCAAUUUAAAUGUGUACCGCAUAUUUCAUAUCUAUACAAUUGAUUUUUUUCCCCCCCAUAUGCCCACUAUAACCCAUUUUAUUAGAUAAAUAGUAUGUUAUUGUUUCCUAACGUCACAAUUUUAUAUUGUAAUGAUCAGGUUGUGGAAAAGCUUUGUACCAAUCCAUAUUUACCUCAUAAAGGGCCUGUGUGAUUUAAUGAUGUGGUAACAUCGUUUUACUCUGGUGCAGAAGACCAAGAUCUGGUUUCUGCUCCUAACCUUCCUACCUCUAGCUCACGGGACCGAAACAAGACGUUUCCACCAGAGGUGGGAACACCCAGUUAACAUAUAACAUUUCCAGAACAUUGGGGAAGACUGUGGUGAGAACUCUAUUUGGUUGUGAGAAAACAUUGCUUUGAGAACUGUCCCAAAACAGUCAUAGAAUAUCUUUUUGUAAAAAAAAAAAAAACAAUGUUACCGACAUAUGGCAAGUGCACAGGAAGUUACCCUAACUUUCCAAAUGUUCUGUAAAUGUUCUAAGAACCAAAAAUUGUUAGCUGGGUAGACUUGUGUUUGGCUGAGCUUAGCAUUAGCGCUGUUAAUGGGUCUGAACCAUUUAACUAUGUAGUAAUGCAGCAGCCUAGUGUUGUUAAAGUUACCAUUCUCUCACAAAUGUCAGAUCUCCAACCAAACCCCUGCCCCCCGCCCCUGGCUCCACCCCCAUCUACCUCUAACACUUUCUUUCGACUUUCUGUUUGCUUUUACUGAGAUCUCUUGACAACUGUGAGACAGUUUUACAAGGAAGCAUUUGUCAGCCGUGCCAAAACAAGGGAAAACCUGUCGACAGAUAACAGAGGUAGCUGCCUGCAAGUCUAGAAUAUGGUGUGCAGAUUUUUUUUUUUUUUUUUUAAGAAAACGUAUGGAUGUUUAUUUUGAAUGUAUGUGUACAGUAUAUAUUUUCAGGCUCUGUCAACCAAAUGGGAAAUUUUUUUGUUGCCAGGAUACUUGAAAAAUAUGACUGAAUCCGUUAGGAUUAUGGUCAGUUCAGUUUCACAGAGGUCAAUUCAGGAAAUUCAUUUAAAUGAAAUUCAUCGGUUGAAAAUCCACAUUGAAUCUUCAUGGGUGACUUUAACUGAAAUGGAAUUAGUCCAAAACCCGGAAUACAGGCUUGGAAAGAUUUGCUCCCGUCCUACUGUGCACUUAGGAUCUUGUUAUCCGAGUCCUAUUCCUGGGAAUCUUGUAAUUGAUGAGAUUCUGGUCAGGAUUUUAAUUUUUUAAAAUUUUUUAUAUGACAAUAUUCAUGUGCUUUUCGAUAUGUUAAAACACACAGUGUGUCAUCUGUUUUUAGAGUGAUGUCUAUGUAGCAAUAAUAUGUAAAUAUUUUUUUAAAUAUAUACGUUUACUUUUCAUUUAUUGCAUUGUAAUAAAUUAUUAUUUAGUGAAACCUGGAUUUUGGAAAUUCAUUUCAUGGUUUGUAGCACCUAAUCUGUUGUUUUGGAUCAGUGUCAAGUCUAGUAGAGUACUUCUAACCGUACAUUUCUUGCUAACACCAGAAUUAACUAGGAUUUAUCACUACGACUUUUCCCAUGUACUCCCUGAUCAUUAAAACGUUUUCAAGUUGAACUCUUAAAAUAAAGAGUGAAAAAUAAUGUGAAUAAAACAUUGAUCAUUUUGUACAAGAGCUGAGCACAGUGGCCUUUAAGUUAUCAUGUUUAAAAGAGGGGCAGGCUCAUACAGUAUGUAUGAAUCCGAGGCUGGAGAACUGCUUAUGUAAAUGUUUUGUUUCUCAAAACAGACCCCUACAUUGGUGUGAAUAAUUGAUGGGUAAAGGAAUCUUUUUGGGCUCUGAACCGGGACUGAAUAAUUGAAGGCUUGUUGUGGCACCAGAUAUCCUAUUGAAUGGGAGCUGUCCCUGCCGUGUGAAAUGGUGAAGAGAGAUUGAAACGAUUGAAGCGUUUCUUAUCCGCUCGCGUUACCACUCAGAAUCAACCGAAAUAACGUAUGCGUGUUCAAAAGCAAAGCCUCGCGCCCAUGGAAUGAAGGGACGCGAGCGUCCUCACCCGUAAAUGUCUAUAUUUAUUAUACUUAGGCCUAUUGUCCUCACACUGACUCUUCUCAUGCGUAGAAACGCUGAAUACUCUUAUGAGAAAUCCUUAUUAAUCAGGGGUGGAAACUGCGAAUUAAUAAUGUAUAAUUCAGAAAUUAACCUUGUAUUCACCUCAACAAAGACACUUACGUAUUUGGUCAUGCAGCUGCAGUGAUCAGUGACACUCAUUGUUAAUUUAGAAUGUCAAACACUGAACCAUUUCUUCAGCACGCAAUUUUUCACUGGUUAACAGCUACCGUAUGUUCCAGGCUCAAAAUAGCCCGUAAUGUAAACGUGUCCUAAAAGUUGUAUUUUCUCACAUUGAAGGUCUCCACGGUAACCGACGACUCAAUCAGCUGCAAACACGGCGAUCAGGCCCCAUUCUCACUACUCUGAUGAGUCACCACUUUGGGCGCUCUUUAAAACGGUUACAUACACAGGCAUAUGCAUUCCACGUGCUGCGCAGCUGCCAUCGGUGAGCCAAUUUAAUUCGGGCUUUUCAGAAAAAAACAUGUUCAAACGUACA